AUGUCCAGGUCCGGGGACAGGACGUCUACCUUCGACCCCAGCCAUAGCGACAACCUGCUUCACGGCCUCAACCUGCUGUGGAGGAAGCAGCUCUUCUGCGACGUGACCCUGACAGCCCAAGGCCAGCAGUUCCAUUGCCACAAGGCCGUGCUGGCCUCGUGCUCGCAGUACUUCCGAUCGCUCUUCUCCAGCACCGGCGGCGGCGGCGGCGGCGGAGGGGGCGGCGGCGGGGGGAGCGGGCACCACCACCACCAUCACCCUCUGGGCGUCGGACCGGGCGCUCAGGACGGCCUGCCCCCCAAAGAGCAGCAGCAGCAGGAGGAGCCCGGCACGCCCUCCUCCUCCCCGGAGGAUAAGCUGUUGGCCAGCCCCAGGGCCAUCAACAACCUGGUGCUGCAAGGCUGCUCGUCGAUCGGGCUACGUCUGGUGCUCGAGUACCUGUACACGGCCAACGUGACCCUGUCCCUGGACACGGUGGAGGAGGUGCUGUCGGUCAGCAAGAUCCUGCACAUCCCGCAGGUCACCAAGCUGUGCGUGCAGUUCCUCAACGACCAGAUCUCGGUACAGAACUACAAGCAAGUGUGCAAGAUCGCCGCUUUGCACGGCCUCGAGGAGACCAAGAAACUGGCCAACAAGUACCUGGUGGAAGACGUGCUGCUGCUCAACUUCGAGGAGAUGCGUGCCCUGCUCGACUCGUUGCCUCCCCCGGUGGAGUCGGAGCUGGCGCUCUUCCAGAUGUCCGUGCUGUGGCUGGAGCACGACCGCGAGACCCGCAUGCAAUACGCUCCGGACCUCAUGAAGCGCCUCCGCUUCGCCCUUAUCCCGGCCCCGGAGCUCGUCGAGCGGGUCCAGUCGGUGGAUUUCAUGCGUACCGACCCCGUUUGCCAGAAGCUGCUUCUGGACGCCAUGAACUACCACCUGAUGCCCUUCAGGCAGCACUGCAGGCAGAGCCUGGCCAGCAGAAUUCGCUCCAACAAGAAAAUGCUUUUAUUGGUUGGAGGACUGCCUCCUGGACCUGACCGGCUACCCAGCAAUUUGGUUCAGUAUUAUGAUGAUGAAAAGAAGACAUGGAAAAUACUGACAAUUAUGCCGUAUAAUAGUGCCCAUCAUUGUGUUGUGGAAGUAGAAAAUUUCUUGUUCGUAUUGGGAGGAGAAGACCAGUGGAAUCCUAACGGGAAGCACAGUACAAACUUCGUCAGCCGGUAUGAUCCUAGGUUUAACAGCUGGAUACAACUUCCACCCAUGCAAGAGAGGAGAGCCAGUUUUUAUGCCUGUCGGCUUGAUAAGAACUUGUAUGUGAUUGGUGGGAGAAAUGAAACUGGCUAUUUGUCAAGUGUGGAAUGCUAUAAUUUAGAGACAAAUGAAUGGCGUUACGUAUCUUCCCUACCACAGCCCUUAGCAGCACAUGCAGGAGCUGUACACAAUGGCAAAAUCUAUAUUUCAGGUGGUGUCCAUAAUGGUGAAUAUGUUCCCUGGCUCUAUUGCUAUGACCCUGUAAUGGAUGUCUGGGCUAGAAAACAAGACAUGAACACAAAGCGAGCCAUCCAUACAUUGGCUGUAAUGAAUGAUCGACUGUAUGCAAUUGGAGGAAAUCAUUUAAAAGGUUUUUCACACCUUGAUGUCAUGCUUGUCGAAUGCUAUGACCCAAAAGGCGACCAAUGGAAUAUUUUGCAGACUCCUAUUUUAGAGGGUCGCAGUGGUCCUGGAUGCGCAGUUCUUGAUGACAGCAUUUACCUUGUAGGAGGCUACAGCUGGAGUAUGGGAGCCUACAAAUCUUCUACUAUUUGUUACAGUCCUGAGAAAGGAACCUGGACAGAGCUUGAAGGAGAUGUAGCCGAGCCCCUUGCAGGCCCUGCUUGUUCUACUGUCAUACUACCUGCGUGUGUGCCGUACAACAAAUAAUACACUGGAAGUACUGAAAAGGACACUGUUACCUUCUGGAAAGGAAUGAUGGGUGGCAUAAAUAUUUUAG